AUGUGUUUGUCCAUUGCCGCCACCACCACCGCCGCUGCCGCCGUCGCCGUCGCUGCCGUCGCUGCCGCCGCCGCCGUCGCCGUCGCUACCACCACCGCCACCAUCACCACUACUACCACCGCCAUCACCACCACCGUUACCACUAUCGUCACCGUCGCUGCCACCGCUACCGCCUCCUCCGCCUCCACCACCACCACCACCACCACCAACACCAUUAUCAUACCAACACCACUACCACCACCAUCACAACGUCACCAUCCCAUCAUCGUCACCACCAUCAUCAGCAUCACCGUCGUACGGAAGAUACACACGGUUGACUUGGGGGCGCGAGUCUGCCAAUCGGCGGACGGUAGAGGCGUGGCUGUGGCUCGAUGA